AGUAAUAGGAGGUGGAGGAGGUGGUGGUGAGGCUGAACUGGGUGCAGUUUUUGGCACAGGUUCAAGUGAUUAAAUUAAAAAUAAAAAAAAAAGCAGUGAGUGACAGAGGCUGCAGAGGAAGAAGGAAGAAGAAGGAAGGAGGAGGAGUGGAGGGGGGUCUGUCGAAGAAAUCAAGUCAAUAGAAACUGAAGUGGAAGCAGGCGUUUAGAGCUCCGCGGUGACGUCACUGCUCCACAUUGAAGCCAGUAGUAGAGCGAGUGAGUGGAGGUAGAUAGAGGAGCGCUGUAGUAAAGUACACACCGACAUGAACUUCUCCCUCUCUAAACUUCUGCUCUAACAAGUCGAGGGGAGAAAGAUUGUGUGUUUUUUUUUUAUAUAUAUAUCAUCGACAACCAGGAACUUGUUGGCUUUUUUUAAAGGGGGAAAACCCAGGGAGAAAAAGCUGGAAAAGCAGGGAGGAGAAGACACAUUUUGUGGGGUUUCUCUCUUUUCUGUUUCUUCUGGGAGGCGGUCGACGACGAGCUGCUGCAGCUGCUAUGUCGUCCGCGGCGGUCGCUGCUUCUUCCAGGAGGCAGUCGUGUUAUUUAUGCGACUUGCCCCGCAUGCCGUGGGCCAUGAUUUGGGAUUUUACCGAGCCCGUGUGCAGGGGAUGUGUCAACUACGAGGGUGCAGACCGCAUUGAGUUUGUCAUCGAGACGGCCCGGCAGCUGAAGAGAGCUCACGGCUUUCAGGAGGGCAGAUCUCCCGGGCCGGGGAAAGCUCAGCAGCAGCAGCAGCAGCAACAACAGCUUUCUGGGAAGGAGAUCCAGGCGAUCAACCACGCUGCUGCUGCGGCUGCUGCUGCUGCUGCGGCCGGAGGAGGAGAUCCAGGCUCCCGGCCGCCGCAGCCGCUGGACCGCUACCCGCUCUCCUCCGACCGCCCGCCCAGGCUGGGUCCAGAGUACCAGUCCAGCAGACAGCAGAACGGCAUCCCCGUGCCGAAUGGAUUUCCUAAGCCCGACGAGCCGCCGGAGCUGAACCGCCAGAGCCCCAACCCGCGCAGGAAUAGCACGGUGCCCCCAAACUUAGUGCCUUUGGUUAACGGGAGCAUGCCACCGGUGCACGCGGUGAACGGUAGACCCGGCCAGAUUGGGCUUUCCUCCGGUAGUCCCGCAGACAUCAUGGGCGCUGGCAAGAGACCCGCCUCGGUGUCCAGCACGGAGCACGACAGAGACGGCAAGGAGAAGCACAGACCGGACAGCCUCACGCCGGAGCUCUCCGACAGCCACAAAAACAGGGCGGACGCGGACUGGAUGGGGAAAGGGAAGACGGUGAGGGAUCUGAUGGCUCUGCACACCUUCGACAACAGGUUCAAGAAAGACCAUGCGGCCAUGCAACAAAGGGUGAUGGGCUAUGAGGCCAGUGCCACCGCUUCCAAGUCAGACAGAGGAAAACACCCCCGGAGCAUGAAGAGAAAAGCCUCGCCAGAACCGGAGGGAGAGGGGACAGCUGCCAAGCUCAACGGAGAAGGACAGCAGUGGUUACCGCAACCUACCGACGGACUGAAAAUGCCUCCGGUUCCCCCGCCAAGCUUCGCCUCUCCCCCCUCCACAAUAUCCCCCCACUCCCGCACCACGCCACCUGAGGCGGCCCAGAACGGCCAGUCCCCCAUGGCUGCUCUCAUCAUGGCGGCAGACAAUGCAGGUGGGAACAGCUCCCCCAAGGACGCCAACCAAGUCCACUCCACCACCCGGAGGAACAGCAGCAGCCCCCUGUCGCCGUCCUCCAUGAAUCAGAGGAGGCUGGCGCAGAGAGACGCGUCUGGCGCAGGCACACCCCACGUGCCAGGCAUGGACCAAGUGCACCCCCAAAGCAUUCCAGACUCAUCGGUACCCGGCAGCAUACCCCUUUGCUGCACGCUGUGCCACGAGCGUUUGGAGGACACACACUUUGUUCAGUGCCCGUCUGUGCCCUCUCACAAGUUCUGCUUCCCGUGCUCGAGGGAAAGCAUAAAGCAGCAAGGUGCCACGGGUGAAGUGUACUGUCCGAGCGGAGAGAAAUGUCCCCUGGUUGGCUCGAACGUACCGUGGGCUUUCAUGCAAGGAGAAAUCGCCACCAUCCUUGCAGGAGACGUCAAAGUAAAAAAGGAGAGGGACCCUUGAUUUUGUUUGAACACUUCUUUGGGGAAGGGGAAGCAAAAAAUAUGAGUAUAAAUAUAUAAAUAUCACAUACAUACCAUUCAAACAAACUAACGGACUUGUACAUAUUGGACCCAAGGGAAGAGUAUACUUCGUAAACAUGGUUGUAUAAUUUUUGAUUUUUGAAUACAUUGUGUUUCUAUAUUUUUGAAGAUAAAGGUAUGUACUCAUUAUAAUGGACUACGUUCCUCUUUGUUGAUGUUUAACAAAAUUCUUGAUGUACUUCUAGGUCUGGUGGCAGUUCCUGUUUAACGUAGAAUGUGACUAAUGCUACUCUACGAGCACUUGGCAAAACUGAAAUGCUUUUAGCUGUACUUGUAUGCACUUGUUUAAAAAUUGCCAAAUACAAUUUCUGAUCUUGUAUGAA